AUGCAGCACAAUCACGGAGACGGUCGCGGGCCGGAAGGUGGCGGUAGCAGUGGUGGCGGCGGCGGUGUGUCGUCACUGUCGUACGGCGGGGCCCCUUAUAUAACUGGCCCACGUCCAAAGUCGGCCAUGACAACACGAGCUUGGAUAUCCGGUAGCGGCAGUGGUAGCCACCCGGGCGUGUACAGAGAUGAUGGCAGGUCAAGUAACGAAUUCGUCGUGUGA